AGAGAGAGAGAGAGAGAUGGAGAGAGAGAGAGAGAGACCUGGUUUCUCUAACACUAAUCUUGUCCUCGCAAUACACUCUGCUCUAUGAGAGCAAUUAGAUUCAGCACCGUUUCCAGUGCCUCUGCAAUGACUCAUUGAAACAUCUUCUGUGCUGAUAAAGCCGCAUCUCUAUCCACACACACACACACACACACACACCACACACACACACACACACACACACACACAGGACGUAUAGCUGCUCCUUCAGUGCACAUCGGGACUGCGCUUCUUCUUCUUCUUCUUCUUCUGACUUUGGAUUUUUGCAGAGCAGCAGCAGGCUGGACGUGGACUUAAUUGUGGGUUUUUUAUUUCCCCCUAUGAAGUCGGGACUUACAUAAAGAGUAUAGAGGCGGUGGAGACACAGGCUGAGGAUACCCCAUCAAGCUGGAGCCCAGGUAACCACAAAGCAUCCCAGGCCCUCUCCUGUUCUGGACAGGGGAGUCGUACGGCAGCCGCCAAUCUCCAUGCAGGCUCUCGGGAUGGGGAGCUCUGAGAAAGCUGCUUUGUCUGGCUGGAGCUCCUUCGCUCAGCUCGCAGCCUGAGGAGGAGGAGCGGGGAAGCAUCUCGGUGGAGGGGCAGGGGGAGCGCCGAGGACCGCCGAGGACCGCGACCUGCCAGGCUCAGGCUCAGCACAGCGGGAGCAUGUCAGCGCCGGGAGGCCCUUCAUGGAUGUGUCGCUCCGCAGUCGGGGCCAACCUUCUGCUGUGGAUUGGGCUGGCGUCCGUCUGCGUGGCCGCCGUUCAGGCCCAGCAGCAACCCGUGGUCACCACCAACUAUGGGAAAUUGCGGGGAGUGAAGGUCACGUUACCCAAUGAGAUCCUGGGACCGGUGGAACAGUAUUUGGGGAUCCCGUACGCGCUGGCCCCAACGGGGGAGCGGAGGUUCCAGCCGCCGGAGCCGCCCAUGUCCUGGCCGGGCAUCAGGAAUGCUACUCAGUUUGCGCCGGUUUGUCCUCAGUUCUUGGAGGACCGCUUUUUGCUCAACGAUAUGCUCCCCGUGUGGUUCACCGCCAACUUGGAUACAGUGGUGACCUACGUGCAGGAGCAGAGCGAGGACUGCCUUUACCUGAACAUCUACGUCCCCACGGAGGACGGGGCAAACACGCAAGGCGCAGAUUUCAACAGUAAUGAUGGUGGCGGUGAUGAAGAUAUCCACGAUGAGAACGGGUUAAAGCCAGUCAUGGUUUACAUCCACGGAGGCUCCUACAUGGAGGGAACCGGCAACAUGAUCGACGGCAGCAUCCUGGCCAGCUACGGGAACGUCAUCGUCAUCACGAUCAACUACCGGCUCGGCGUUCUGGGGUUUCUAAGCACAGGAGACCAGGCAGCCAAGGGCAACUACGGCCUGCUGGAUCAGAUUCAGGCUCUCAGGUGGAUCAAAGAAAACAUCCAGGCCUUCAAAGGAGAUCCGAAGAGAGUGACCAUCUUUGGCUCUGGCGCCGGAGCGUCGUGCGUCAGCCUGCUUACCCUCUCGCAUUACUCAGAAGAUCUGUUCCAGAAAGCCAUCAUCCAGAGUGGCACAGCGCUGUCCAGCUGGGCAGUCAACUACCAGCCUGCCAAGUACACGCGAGCCCUGGCUGAGAAGGUGGGCUGCAACAUGCUAGACACCAUCGACCUGGUGGAGUGCCUGCAGAACAAGAACUACAAGGAGCUGAUCGAGCAGUACAUCACGCCUGCAAAGUACCACAUCGCCUUCGGGCCUGUGAUCGAUGGCGACGUCAUCCCGGAUGACCCCCAGAUCCUAAUGGAGCAAGGGGAGUUCCUCAACUACGACAUCAUGCUGGGGGUCAAUCAGGGCGAGGGGUUUAAGUUCGUAGAUGGCAUCGUGGACAGCGAGGACGGGGUGUCCGCCAAUGACUUUGACUUUGCUGUGUCGGACUUUGUGGACCAUCUCUAUGGCUACCCGGAGGGCAAGGACACUCUGCGCGAGACCAUCAAAUUCAUGUACACGGACUGGGCGGACAAGGAGAACCCAGAGACCCGGCGCAAGACCCUGGUGGCUCUGUUCACUGACCACCAGUGGGUGGCACCAGCAGUGGCCACAGCUGACCUCCACGCCCAGUAUGGCUCCCCCACCUACUUCUACGCUUUCUACCACCACUGUCAGAGCGACAUGAAGCCCAGCUGGGCCGACUCGGCCCACGGCGACGAAGUGCCGUACGUGUUUGGAAUCCCCAUGAUCGGCCCAACGGAUCUCUUCAACUGCAACUUCUCCAAAAAUGACGUGAUGCUGAGUGCUGUCGUCAUGACCUACUGGACAAACUUUGCUAAAACAGGGGAUCCGAACCAACCAGUUCCACAGGACACAAAGUUCAUCCACACUAAACCCAACCGUUUCGAGGAGGUAGCCUGGACCAAGUACAACCCCAAAGAUCAGCUCUACCUCCACAUUGGCCUCAAACCUCGAGUCCGAGACCACUACCGCGCUACCAAGGUCGCUUUCUGGUUGGAACUAGUUCCUCACCUCCACAACAUCAAUGAGUUUUUUCAGUACGUGUCCACCACCACCAAAAUACCUCCGCAGGACACCACCCCUUACCCUUACACCAAGCGGUUCCCUGGCAAGAACAACUGGCCGUCCACCACCCGCCACCCGGGGGUCCCGCCUGCCAACACCAAACAAACCACCGACCAGCACAAGGGCGGCGACCUAACCGACGAGUCGACCGUGGUGAUCGAGACCAAGAGAGACUACUCCACCGAGCUCAGCGUCACCAUCGCGGUCGGAGCCUCCCUGCUCUUCCUGAACAUCCUCGCCUUCGCCGCGCUCUACUACAAGAAGGACAAGCGGCGGCAUGAGUCCAACCGGCGCGUCCCCACCCCGCAGCGCAACUCCGCCCCGACCAACACGCCCUCGUCCGCCAACGACGUGGCCCACCUGCAGAGCGAGGAGCUGAUGUCGCUGCAGAUGAAGCAGCAGCAGCUGGAGCACGAGCACCACCACGAGUGCGAGUCGCUGCAGACCCACGACACGCUGCGCCUCACUUGCCCGCCCGACUACACUCUCACCCUGCGCCGCUCGCCCGACGACAUACCGCUGAUGACGCCCAGCACCAUCACCAUGAUCCCCAACUCGCUGGCUGGCAUGCAGCCUCUGCACAACUUCAAUACUUUCGGUGGCAGCCAGAACAGUACCAACCUGCCCCACGGCCACUCCACCACACGGGUAUAGCUCCACGGGGACGGGAACGGCGCCGGAUUCCCUUCUGGAUCAGCCACUGACCUCGCAAGGCAAAUACGAGUGGCUGACUGUGUGAAGCACAGACUUAGCAGAUGUUAUUUUGCUACCAUGCCUUCUUGAAAAACAUAUACAUUCAUCAUGAACUCAUGAAAAUAUUCAAAGUGAAUGUUACUAUAGUAAUAACUCUACUUGGAGCUAAGCUUCAUGGAAGGUUUUCGAGGAGUUUUACCAAAAGAAAAGGCAACCAGGGGAUGACUAUUAAUAUUCGUACAAUAUGAAAUGAAAGAGUUUCAAGUGUGACAGAGAAGCUUCCGCGGGACGCUUCUGUGCCAUAAAUACACAACAGGAAGUGGCGACUGUUGUUUGAAAAGCAACAUCUUUUCAUGAUCCUUCAUGCAUCAGACACCUGACGGGCACAGAAUUCUACACCCCAGCCUGAAAUGUAUUUAUGAAUACUUUGUAAAAAAAAAAAGGAAAAAAAAAAAAAAGAAAGAAAAAAGGUAUAUAGUUGUGCGUGGAAAUUUAAAAAUCUAAAAAAAAAGAAUAUUAAAAGAGCUCCUUCUAUUAUUGUUUUUUUUUAUUUUGGCUGAAAUUUUUUGGGUUUUUCCAGCUUGUGCUUUCUGUUUAGAUGCGUGUAAAUAUAUCCCGACAUUCAUCAUUUCGCGUUUCGUUAUUUUUUUUUUCACAGAACGACCAAAAUGCGAACACAAUCCCAUCCUCGGAGAGUUGCACACCGUGCGUCUGCAGGUCAUCACAUCACAGUAUACUGUCUCGUGCGUUUGCUUUGUUUCCACUCUUUAGACAUGCAUGUUCAGGAAGAGCUUUACUCUCCAUUUUCAGACACGUCUCCUGUCUGAGAAUGAGGACUGACUUCAUCCCAUCAACCUGCCGUCAUCCUGUUACGCUUCCGAUAGUUUCCUUUGUGGGCUUUUUUCUGUCUUGCGAUCUCAGCACUGCCUGAGCUUACGAUGUGACCAGCAAUGUAUUAUUUAGAAAUAAAAAAGGCAGUGAUCUUUUUUUUUUUUGUAUCAAUAUUAGUUGGAUAUGUUUGUAAAGAAAUAUAUGUUAGAUAUUUCAAAUUGUCAUAUGCUAGCAAUAUGUAAAGUAUUGUGCCAGGCUUGUGAUAUUUUGGGUUACAAAAGCAAGUGAAUGAGUGUAAAUAUUAAUGAUAUUAAUUAUUAUAAAAUUACAACAAAAGUAACCAAGAACUCUCUUUCCGUUUUGCAUCCUAUUACAAAAAAAAAGAAAAAAAUGGAAGUACAUCCAGAAGAUUUUAAGCUACAUUUGUAAAUUCUAUAAAAAGAUAUAUUCUUGCCAUUUGGUCCCUAAACCAGUCAAGAUAACAAGGGUUUUAAUGUAGACUUUUAAAAUCCUUAGUUGGUCUUAUUUUUUGUUUGCAGUUUUGCCUUAAGUGAUAAUAGAGAUAUUUCUGGCUGGACACCUGUAUAAACUUUUUCUGCAACAUUUUUAAUAAAAUAUCACAGUAUUUUCUAAAAAAGAGAAAAAAAAGAAA